GGGUCGUACUUGUGAUGUAGACAUAGAUGAGUGUACUGGUGUCAGCUGUGGACAGGGGGGCACUUGUAUUGAUAAACUGAAUGAUUUCACCUGUAUCUGUGCACCUGGCUAUACUGGACAACUUUGUACACAGAAACUGUCCUCCAAAUUUGACCUGCGCUUCCUGCAGGGAGAGCCAGACACCAUCAGUUAUGCCGUGGUCAGGGAUAUCGCUGACCAUAGACUCACCCCACUGACCCAGUUGACACUUCAAGCUUGGAUACGAAGUAACAAACCCCAGGGGAUGAUAGCCGUGUAUAAGGCAGCUGAUGGGACUGGGUUUGGGGUGAAAAAUCCUGGUGAUAUUGAGAUACAGAUAAAUAGUCACACUGUCCAGACAGGACUGGACAUCAGUGAUGGUCAGUGGCAUCAGGUCACUGCAACCUGGACCAGCCAAACCCAGGGAGUGACCCUCUACAGAGACGGCCAGCUGGUGGCCACUUACUCCAAUGUCCCUGGCUCUAGUAUUACCACAGGGGGGAACAUGGUCAUUGGACAGAGACAUGAGUCACUGAAGAUGAGACGAAAACGUGCUAUCCAGACAGGCGUGGCAUUUGAAGGUGACAUUUCCCGCCUCCAUAUAUGGGAUACAGUCCUGCCCACUGAUGUUAUCACCAAGGUAAUAGACUGUCAAUCAGAGGACAGCAGGAUUGGGAACCUAGUGGCGUGGGCAGAUGUGAUAACUGGUAUUGAAGGCCAAGUGGAGAUAGUACAACCAACACAGUGUGAUUCUGUAAAUGAAUGUUCAUCCAGCCCAUGUCUCAAUGGUGCAACCUGUGAAAACAAGAUAGGAGGGUACCAGUGCCACUGCCCCGGAGGAUACACAGGCACCAGGUGUGACGUUAACAUUGACGACUGCGUUGAUAACUCCUGCAGUAAUGGAGGAAGCUGUGUGGAUGGUAUAGAGACUUACACCUGUGUCUGUCCCAGUGGGUUUACUGGGAGGUUUUGCCAAGAAGAGAUAGUCAAAUGUGAGUGA